CCCCUGGCGAGUAUAUAGGUAGGUAUCCCCCUGGCGUGUGUUUAUAAAGUAGUGUUGGUCAGCAGUAACACGAGUGUCAGUGAUAGACUCGGCAGUAGCAGCUACCACUGAGCUACCUGCUAGUGUACUGAAGCAGGAGAAGACGAACUACCGGAAGUACUCCAGGAGAUCCUGGAGUACAUCCUUAAGGAGGAGGAGAUCCUGAAGUACAUCCUUAAGGAGGAGGAGAUCCUGAAGUACAUCCUUAAGGAGGAGGAGAUCCUGAAGUACAUCCUCAAGGAGGAGAUCCUGAAGUACAUCCUUAAGGAGGAGGAGAUCCUGAAGUACAUCCUCAAGGAGAAGAUCCCGAGUCAAGAGGAGAUCCUGAAGAAGGUCGUGAAGUAGAAGUAGGAUAAGAAGGUCGUGAAGUAGAAGUAGGAUAAGAAGGUGGUGAAGAAGAUGGCAGGUUACGAGGGUCUGUGUGACAAGUCGUGUGGCAGGUUUGGUGAGGUUACAGAGAGGAGAUCGACUUCCCUGCUGAGGGACCUACAGUUCCUGAGGGAGGUGAAGAAGGACCUGGUGGUGGCCCGGGAGCAGUGCUACCACCGAGGACUACUGCAGACCACCAAGUGGUACGAUAAGAUAAGAUUUUAUUACAUGACCUUGGGGGGAUUCCUUCACCUAUACUCCAAAUUAUCUCUCAGGCGAAAGGAAGAAGAAAAUGACAUUGUGGAUACUCUUGUUACCAAUGAUGAGCACAAAGGUAUAUACCUAAAGGAGCUACACACGGAGCUCUCCAAAAUGUAUACACUUCAUUCUAACUCUACAUCUAGAGACUUGGGUGACACUGACAUGGAUGCCUGGCUGUUGUGGCUUUAUGGAGUUGUGCUGAAGCGUUUAGAUCUUACUAGACAGUCUGUGGAUGUAUUGUGUCAGGCCCUGCAUCUACAGCCCUUACAUUGGGGGGCUUGGCUGGAACUGGCAGCCCUCAUUACUGACAGAGAAAUGCUUAGCACGUUAAAACUACCAGACCAUUGGAUGAGAAAGUUGUUUCAUGCUCAUACCUACUUGGAGCUACAGCUGAAUGAUGAAGCUUUAGAGAUCUACACUAGCUUGCAAGAUGCUGGAUUUCUGCAUUCAACAUACAUCAUGGCACAAGUUGCUAUCACACACCACAACCAAAGAGAUGUGGAUCAGGCUGUGACAAUAUUCAAAGAACUUGAAGCCGUAGACCCAUUUCGUCUGGACAACUUGGAUACUUAUUCUAACUUGCUGUACGUGAAAGAAAUGCGCGUGGAGCUCUCACAUCUUGCCCAUCGUGUUGUACAAGUUGAUAAAUAUCGUGUGGAGACUUGUUGUGUGAUUGGUAAUUAUUACAGUUUAAGGUCACAACAUGAGAAGGCUGUACAGUAUUUCCAGCGUGCACUUAGGCUCAAUCCACACUAUUUAGCAGCUUGGACACUGAUGGGUCAUGAGUACAUGGAGAUGAAGAAUACUAAUGCUGCUAUCCAGUGUUAUCGUCAGGCUAUUGAGGUGAACAGACGAGAUUACCGUGCAUGGUAUGGAUUAGGGCAGACCUACGAGAUACUGAAACUUCCAGCUUAUUGUUUGUACUACUUCAAACAGGCUCAGAAGCUAAGACCAAAUGAUUCUCGGAUGUUAGUGGCACUUGGGGAGAGUUACGAAAAAUUAGAGAAGUGGGAAGAAGCCAAGAAAUGUUUCCUCAAAGCUCACAGUGUCGGUGACAUAGAAGGCAUCGCAUUGUUUAGAUUGGCCAAGUUAUACACUCGCUUAGGAGAAGGGGAGCGUGCAGCAGUUCUUUAUGAGCGAUACCUGCAGGAAACUGAAGAUGCUGGCCUAAGUGAGGACCGAGGACUAGCGUAUCAGUUCCUGGCAAGUUACUGCCUUCAGAAAAAUAUGCUUGAUUUGGCUUAUGAUUAUGCUCAGAAAUGUACUCUAUUCAUGGAAACUCGAGAAAGUGGCAAGACUAUGUUGAGGGAAAUUGCUAACAGACGACAACACACUGAACAAAACACACAGGAUGAUUGUGGUAGUGUCUUAGUGAGCAGAGUACGACCUCGAGUUACCUUAGGAGGAGAUCGCUCUGCAAGAUUACCUCCUCUCAGUCUCACAUACACCCCAUAGCAUAAGCUUUGGAGCUCUUGUUUUUGUUCUCUCUUUACAAUGUAUGUUUGAUUAUUUUGCUAUAUAAAUUUCUUAUUAUAUUCAUUCACAAUUCUGUACAUUGCACAAAACUUGUAAAUGAUUAAAAAUUUAAUUUAAAUGUAAUUUUAUAUGUGCACUUAUAUUCUUACUGAAGGGCUGUGUGUGUAUGAUUGUGUACUCUUUUCUUAUCCAAUAAAACAUUUUUGUUAAU